GAGGGAGAGACGUUUCGUUCCUAUGUGGAAAGAAUGGAAAUGUUCUUCAUGGCAAAUAAUAUCAUGGAAGAAACAGGCGAGGGUAAAGAGGAAGCCAAUCUCGCAGUUGCAAAUAGAAAACGUGCUAUCUUUCUGACUGAGAUUGGACCCGAAGCAUAUUCUACCCUGAGCAAUCUGCUGGCACCAGUGAAACCAAAAGACACUCCUUUUGCUGACAUUGUCAAAGCAUUAGAGGAACAUUACAAUCCAGCGCCAUUGGAGAUAGCAAAGAGUUUUCAUUUUGGAACUCGCUAUCAAAAACAAGACGAAUCCAUCAGUGACUUUAUUGUGGCCUUGAAGAAGUUAUCAAUUCAUUGUAACUAUGGGGAGUUUCUCAACCGAGCUCUGAGAAACCGUUUUGUGUGUGGAUUGAACAAUCCCAAAAUACAGAAUAAACUUUUGAACACCGAGGAUCUUUCUUUUGAGAAAGCGUGCCAGAUUGCAAAGUCAAUGGUCCGAGAUGGCAGAGAAGAACACCCAAGGCAUAGUAAAUAAACUGGAAACUGUAAACACUAAGGAACCCUCAUGUUACCGGUGUGGUGGUAAGCAUGCUGCACCUAAGUGUAAAUUUAAGUCAGCAAAAUGCUACAAACGUAGCAAAGUAGGUCACCUUGGAUCAGUUUGUCGCAGUAAAGAUGUUGAGUCUAGCAUGAAAACAAAACAACCAGGAGCUAAAGGUAAUGUUCAUAGUGUGUUAGAAUCAAACACAGAAGGUUGUGAUGAUAAUGACGAGUUAGGUAUCUAUUCCGUGUAUGCAGUUGGUACAGAUAAUCCUACCAACAAAAGUUAUACUGCAGAAACGACCAUAAAUGGCUCACCAUGUGCAAUGGAAGUAGACACUGCAGCUGAUUACUCAAUAAUGAGUAAGAGCACACACUCUCAGAAAUUCAUUAACUUUCCACUUCGUCCAUCAAAAGUUGAAUUGAAAACCUAUACGGGUGAAAUCCUUACAGUGUGGGGUGAAAUGCUGUGUGAUGUAGUGUACAAGGGCCAUGAAUAUACAUUUCCAAUUAUUGUAGCUGAUUAUGAGAAGAAGCCUACUUUGCUGGGAAGAAAUUGGUUAAACCAUAUAAGGCU